AACGAAAAAAUUCCUAAAAAUGAAGGAGAAAAGUACUCGAGAAUCGGAGAGGCAGAGUGCCGUGGAUGAGGGAGGAUCUCGUGAAUUGGAAGAAUGGGGGAAGGGGGAAGGAAAAUCCCAACGCAUCCAUUAUCAUCCCCGGUUAUCGAUUAUCAGAUGCCUGUUCAUGAACUUUAUUUUGAAUAAAUCAACUUGUCUGGAAAAUGGAAUCCUGAUUAGUCCAUCUUUGUCAGAAACUAUGGUCGCAAAAACGGGGUAAUAAUGACAUAAUGUGGGGCGCCUGUGUACACACAUAACGAACAAACCGGAUCUUACCACCAGCAGAGCGAGGGGCUAAAAGAGUCUACUGCCCGCUGAGGGGUAAUAAUAGAGCUCCAGUGAAGUAUCCAACGCGAAGCUUGGUGUUACCAACGAAAGAAAGGAAGCAGAUUAUCACAUUUUACGAACAUAUUCUGGAAUAAUAUGGAUGUAUAAAGGAUCAUAAGUGUUGUUACAUACAUCGAGAACAUCGAAACGAAUAUUCACCAAUUGGAGUAUUAACAUGGAAAUGACUUGAGGCUUGACUUUUCUCGUGGAUAGAUGAAUGCAUGAUCAAGCAUCAUGUAGUUUGUCUUCUAGUGUUGGCAAUCUCCAUGUGAGGUCCAUGGACACAUCUUGAUGAAUUAUAGUGGAACAUUCCAACUAAACCGACCUAAAAGAGUAAGACGGCAAACAGUAAGCGGGGACAUGGAUGAAAGUGCGGAGGAUGACCAAAAGCAAAGGGAGGAGAUGGAGGAGGCGUAUCGUAAGAUGUUGAUGGAGCUUGAGAGUGAUGAUGAUGAGGAGGAAGAAGGGCCAGUCCAAGUGGAGAAGGAAAGGAAGCCUCAACGAGAGGUGAAAGGGGCGGACGAUAAGCGUCCACUCUUGAAUGAAUCGUUGGGUGGAUCAUUGGGGAUCUCACUCAUAGAGAGACAUAGCACUCCGCCUCCACCAUCCAUCGUCGUGAUGGAGGAUAAACCAGAUGUAACUAUUACAGUUGAUGAACCCAAACAGGAGCAACAAAAUGUUCUCACUGAUGAUAGAAAGAACUCUUUACCUAAUGGUGGUAGGAAUUCUCCUCAUGGAAGAACUUCACCUAAUGGGAGGAGCUCGCCAAAUGGCCCAACCUCACCAACUUCACCUAAUGGUAGGGCUUCGCCUAUUAAUGGGAGAACUUCUCCUCUAAAGAACAACAGGGUUGAACCUAUUAAUGAGAAACAGUUACCUCAUGAAAUGCAUACCAACAAAAACAACAACAUCCAUUCCUUUCUGACGGACAACACGCAGGCGUUUGAGAAGCCCCAUCAGACAAGCAAUGGGAAGGUUUCGACUCCUGAUAGUGGCGUUGAUUCGUUGGGUUCGGAGAAGAGAUCCUCUGUAAAAACAAUUAGUGAUUCCAGUGAGAAAUCCAGAAAAUCUAGUCAUACAAAUAAAGUUUUUGUGAGAACAUUCAAGCAGAGAGCUAGUCAAGAGAACUUUGCAUUGUAUGGACUUCUUACUCCUGCCUUAGUCCUGGUACCAAAGAUCGAUGGGCAUGAUGCCCUGACCGAGACGUUUACUGAGUUGAAGGGAGAAGAUCGUGAAUUGAAGCUGGCAGCAGCUCAUAUUGAUGAUGCAAUCAGUGGAAGGGGAAAAUAUGGCAAAGCUAGAGCUUUCUUUAAGUCUAAGCAGGGAAGAUGGUGCUUCAAGAUGAUCAACAACAAGUAUUUCAAGUAUCUAGUAUUGUUAAUGGCUACAGUUCAUCUUAUUCUCACCUUUUUUGAACCACCCUCUUCAAUGUCAACAUCACCUGCCAUUCUUGCAAUAACUCCAUUAUGUAUCUUAGUCUAUGCUGCUGAUGUAGGGGUUCAUAUGGGCUUCUUAUCUUGGCCUGUAUUUUGGUCAUUAGAUGAAAACAGAUGGAUAAGGAGAGAGCUUGUAUUCACCUGUAUGUAUAUCAUAGACUAUGUGAUGUUGGUCACACAAACUUUUGUAGAUGUGCGUUUGGCUCAACCAUUUCGAUGUCUGCGGGCAGCCAUCAUUCUGUGCAAGCUGAACAACGUACAACACAUCUGGGAUGUUGUUAUGUCAAUUGUUAUUAAACUGGGAAAGGUAUUUGUCAUCAUUAUUGUAUUCAUCAUCUUGUUCUCUGCUAUUGGAGUACAUCUAUACACAGACACAUAUCACAACAUAGAACAAGAAUCUUCAAACUGUACAGGCAACUCAACAAAUGUAUAUGUUGGAGCCUUUGAUCAUGUUGGUAUUACAUCUCUGAGGUUAUUUGUGCUACUAUCUACAGAGAACUAUCCAGAUCUAAUGAUUCCAGCAUAUGCAACAAGCCAUUGGAACUUCCUCUACUUCGGAAUCUUCCUUUUUGUUGGUGUUUUCUUUCUCACUGCCAUCAUGCUAGCUAUCAUUGUGGAUAGCUACUGGUCAUUCGCCAAGAAGCAUGUGAAGAAAGAGAGAGCAAGAGAGAGGGCAGAAUUAGCUAAAGCUUGGAAUCUUUUGGAUCCUCUUGGUCAAGGGAGUCUCCCAAAGGAUGAUGGGAGAUUCUUGAAACUCCUCAGAAUUCUCAAACCACAUCACACAGAAGAGAUGAAUCUCCAGCUGAUUGACUACUUAGAUCAUAAUGAUGAUGGUCAGAUAGACUCAUUACAGUGGACUAUAAGACUCAAUGAAGCUCUCUCAUUUGAAUUUGAAGAAGAUAAAUUUUAUGAUAUGGAUACCAAUAGUUCUAAAUAUGUGUAUGCCAUCCAGUCAUUCAGCCAAAAGAUUGUCAGAUCAAGCAUUUAUUCAAAGAUAGUGCUUGUUCUCAUCCUUCUCCACAGUAUCCUCUUCUGUUUGAAGUGGCAUGACAUGGAUGAAAUGGCUCGAAUGACCAUCCAGAUCCUUAAGACUACCAUUUUAUCCAUCUUUGCAGUGGAAGUCUUGCUUCGCAUCAUGUCAGAAGGAAAGAACCUGAUGCAGGUUGUAGAGAUCUUGGAUAUUAUCUUGAUUGUAAUAGGUUUAGCAUCCAACAUACCUAUCUACUUCAUACCACCCAACUACUAUGGUUUAUGCAACAUUAUUUCCGGCAUUGCUGUGACAUUCCGGUUGGGCUUCAACUCAGCUCAGACCAAGAAAGUUGUGAUCCUCUUCUCAACCAAAGUAUUUACUGUCAUGUUUGAUCUGAUCAUCCUUGUCUUCAUCAUUAUCUUCUUUGCAUCUGUGCUGGGAUGGGAGUUGUUUUAUGGUAUUACUCCAGAUACAAGCUAUGAUGCAGGGGUGUACAGCUAUAACUGUGGUAUUGGCUUCGAUUCUUUCUCAUGUUCAUUGUUGAUGGUGUUUCAGAUCGUAACCACAAGCAACUGGCAUGAGAUUAUGAAUGCUGCAAUGGUUGCUACAACACAAUGGGCAUGUAUCUACUUUGUUGGUUGCUUUACAACUAUCAAUCUGGUUGUCAUGAAUUUAUUUGUUGCCAUUGCUAUUGAAGCAUUCAAUAAGCUUGGUACAGAGAAAGAGACAGAAAAGGAAACAAAUCAAGAGAAGACUGACAAUCAGGAGGAAAGUUUCGCUGGUUCAGCAAUGACAUUCAUCAACAACCUGUUUGAAAGCUCAAGGACCGAGCAGGAAAAGGAGAAACUUUCUCAGAGGCCAACAGGCAGUCCAAGAAUGAGAAGACCCAGUAGAGUGAGUGUUACUUCUACCUUUGGUGCUUUCCCUGGUUCUCCUCCUAACCUACUUGAUGUGCCUCAGUAUCCUAAAAUUCCUGUGAUUCAGGAAGAGGAAGAAGAACAAGAGGAGGAUCUCAGUGGAUUAAGCAGAGAGGAAAGAAAGAAGAGACAGAUGAAGAAAAGAAGAGAGAAAAGAAAGAAUAAAGUGAAGACAAUGAUCUUUGUUAUGACAGCGUUCAGGGCCACCAAAGAUUCUGAGCUGAACCUCAAUGUCGGAGAGGAAAUAGAAGUUGUUGGCAAGCAAGAUGAAUGGUGGGAAGGACGCAAGGACAAUGAAGAACAGGGAUGGUUUCCUGCAUCUCAUGUCAAAGAGAUAUCAAGAAGUCAACCUCCCCCAGUUCCAACUCCUUUUGCACAGCGCCCUCAUGUGACCCGUAAGGCAACGCAGGAAAGCAUCAAGUCUGGUAGCUUUAGUGAAACAGAUUUCUUCCCAUUGAACACAGCAUUGAAUUCUACCCAGGAUAGACUGAUGUCAACCUCAGGAUCUACAAACAGCCUCGAUUCUACAGCAAAGAGACCAAAGCUGAAAUUAAAGAACACAUCAGGAGGAAACUGGAGGAAAGAAAUUCUAGGAGAUAUCACUGUUAUGAACCCGCAAGAGCUGAAGGAGUUGAAUAAGAUCCUGAAAUCACAACACACAAUGAAUGCCAAGUCACACAGUUUAGGAGGUAGUUUACGAAGACAAGCUGCCAUAUCAGAGAGCAUAGAGGAAGAAAGUGAGCCAGCAUCUAAUAUUCCACCUCCUCCUAUAAUCAGUGUCCAGCAUGCACCAGCGAUUCCUCAGAUCAUUGAGGAGGAAGAAGAACCAGAAGAACCAGAUAAAGGUGAUAGUGGCAAUGAAGGCGAUACUGAAAACACACUGACUGUUGAAAAACCAGAACUACCAAAGGAAUUGAAGAAGAAAAAAAACAAGGAGCAGACUAAAAAUGGAGAGAUGCCAUCUUGGGCGACAAAGUUUCUCCAAUCUAAUAACAUCAAGGCAUCCGUGGAUCUUGGCUCUAAUGAGGCUCAGUCUGGAUCUUCAGAUGAGAAAGAAAAACCUGUCGUUGCAGAAGAUCAAGUAUAGCAGACCUUGUCCUAAAGCUAAUUAAGGAUUCAGAUAUGUAGAUUGCAAUUAAAGUCACAAAUUCUAUUAUAAAAUUACAUGUACAUGUAAGUGAUAUGGGGGAGGGGUGAUAGGCACAAAUUUAAUCAGACAAGACUACCGUACACAUUUAUAGGUGCCUUCUUUAUUAAAAUGUUUUUAGAAAAUAGAAAUUCAGUUUAAGGAGUAAAUUUUUCACCUUUUUAUUAAUAUUUAGAGACUGGAAAUGGCUUUCGGGGACUCUGAAUGUCCACUCAUAUCUGUUAACCUUGGAUUAUGUCAAUUGGCUAUAAUUUUCAUAUCUUCUGAAAUUUGUGAAACAACUAAUUCAGUAUUUUCCAUCAAUAUGGCAAACAUCCUUUUAAUUGUAAAUGCUAUCAAUCAUUAUUGAUGAACAAUGUGGUAAUGUGUAAAUAGUACAGCUAUCCCAGUGAUACAUUAAUGAAUGAAAAUUACUGCAUGUUGUAAAAGACCUGUGAUUAUAAUGCAAUAGUCCCACUUGAUUGUUAUCUGUUAAUAUUUUUAGUUCAUUACUUGUAAAUUAAUUACAGCUGUUCUUUUAUUGGAUAUAUGACAUCUUGUUAUCUAAAUAAUAAUCUUGAGAUUUGAUCCAAUGAUUUUCUAAUGUUUUAUAUGUUUGGAUGUUUUGAAGCAGAUAUAAAUGAUGUAGUGAUAAUAUGCAAUGAUUAUGAUCCAAUGAUAGUGUGUGAUUUUUUUUAAGGCAAUGAUGAAAUGAUUUUGUAAUAAUUUAACAAAGUAUUCAUGUGCUGCAUUGCAACCAUGUGAAUGAUAUGAUGAAAAUCUUCCUUUUUAUGCAAAGCUAGCAUAUUUUUAAGUGAUUCAAUUGGAGAAUACCCUGCAAUUUUGGGAUUUGAGAACUGCAUUGAAAUGAAACAUGAAUUUAAGUGUAACUUGCUUUUUAUAGCUUUGCGAUAUUACUGUACAUUGUAUAUAUGGUUUUGUAAGAAUAAAUCUCUAUUAUGCCUUCUUUAUUCCAUCCAGCACUCCAUUCAGAAUGUUCAGUCCAGCCUAUAUUCACGUGUGCUUCUUUUAUUGUAAGAUAUUGAAUUUACUUGGUUAUGAACUAUGAUGUAAACAAUAUCAAAUGCAUUCAUAAAUUUGUAAGAUAUAUGCAAGAUGUUUAAUAUGAAUGUGGUUUGUACAUUUUGUGUUUUUCUAUUAUAAAUUAAUGAAUUGAAGAUAUUGUGAUUUGAUGACUUUCUAACUUCUGGUCUUUCAAAUGAAUUUGUUUUUAGCAGAUGAACAUUCCCUAGCAGCAAUAUUCCUAUACCUCCUCACAUUAUAAAUACAAUGAUCAUACCUCUUUAUGAUGCUGAUGAUGACAGUGGUGAUGCUUUUUUUUUCUAUAAUUUCACAUCUAGUUAGUCACAAAAAUCAGUCAUAUAUGUAAAAUGAUUGUACAGGUUAUGAGAAUAUUUAUCUUCAUGGAUUAGGUUGAUUCUGGGUUUUAGUGUGGUAUGUUCACAUGUUUGGUUGAACAGGAGGUAUUUUGUUUGUAAGAGUUUGGGCGCGAUCCAAUAUGAUCUGGAGACAUGAAGGUUUGUGACUGAAGGGAAGAAAAGAUUAUCAUUAAUUGUUCUAUGCACAGCUGCAUCAGUUAAUGUUAUUCUCUUACAAACAUCUACUUGUUAUGCCAUACAUUGACAUGUAACACAUAGAACUUCCUAAAUUCAGUCCUGAUAAAAUGAUUUGCAAAAUAUGUAGUUUCAUUUCAAACUGAAUAUUAAGAUAAAAGGUAGCUUACUCAAGUUUCCAAGUAUUGUUUCAACGUUCUCAGCAUACACGUACACAUUAUUGUUGAAUUAGUAUCUAUAUGUUUACUAUAACAACUGUUCUGUUGACGACUGAUUGAGAACUGCUAUCUUCACUUAACUGCUAAUGUAUAGAGAAUGAAUAUUUUGUAUACCCAAAUGCUCUGAUGCCUCAAUUAUAAUAUUAAUUUCUUUGAAAAACAUAUUUCCACCUGAAUAACAUGGAAUUUGUAAUUAUGAUGAAUAAAAAACUGGGUCUAUAGUCCAAUUCAAACACAUUACUUUUUCAAGUUGACAUAGCUUUGAUAUAUUUCCAAAAAUGAGCCUCAAUAGAUUAUGAAUCUAUUUUUAUACAUUGCCUGUUGCUAUGUCUGCUAAACCUUUUUUUAUAUCUUUCUUAUCAGGAUUUUAAAAAUAUCUUUUACUUUAUGACCAUUAUCAGUUCACUGUCAGAUUCUAUUUAUGAAAUAACCUACCAAUUUAUCACCAAAAAAACUUUUCUUAAUUGAAUAUUUACAACCUUCCUUUUGAUUCAACAGGGACAGCAUUGUGUACAUUGCAUGUAAAUUUUUAUUAAUUUUUUAUUUUGAGAUAAAGUAUGAUGAAUGCAGACUUAAUGGGUAAUUUCCUCUUGCUUCCCCCAAUGAUCCAAAUGUACAAGACACAAAAUGUAAAUAUGUAACUGAAGAAUAAAUCUAUCAUGUUAAUAUCA